AUCCAAGUGCACGUGGACAGCUGGAGGAUAAGGGCUACAUUUGUGUGGUUCAACUUUCUGAACAUUAAACCCCCGUACGUAAAGAAGCUCCCGAUUCAUACAGCAAAAGAACAUCAGUUUCAAUAAUGCCCCAACAGGGCUCGACGCUUUGGUUGAUCAUCUCUUCUUCAUCAGGGAUGGCGUAAAGGCUAGCAUUAAUUUCCUCCUCAGUUAUUACAAGGCGAAUUAAGGCCUUCCUGCAGGCUAGAAGCUGCAGCUACAGGAAGAUUGUUAAUUUGCUAUUGGCUAUAGCACUGAAGUACGCAAUUAAGUGGGCGCUGAGGUGAAUCUGUAUCGGUCUUUCGGUUUUUGCACUGUGGCAAGACGAUCGACGAACGAAAAGUAAUCUUUCUUGAAUGUGCGUACAAACUGCCAGUAAAUUGUUGAAUCUUUCAAAGUCAAGGUCAUGACCGAAUCAGAACCUGCCCAACACUUAACGCCAUAGCAUUCAUUACAAAUAAUUUGGUGAUGAUCACCAAAUUUGUAAAAUCCAUCUCCACCUGUUCUUGCAAUUAAUCAUUAUCAGUGAUAUUCGAUAUUCCUUCUUCAAUGGAUUCUGCAACCGGCCAGCCUCACUUUGUCCUAAUACCACUCAUGGCCCAAGGCCACAUGAUCCCCAUGAUUGACAUGGCCAGGCUCUUUGCGGAGCGUGGCGUUAUUGUGAGCUUGGUGACAACCCCCUACAAUGCGUCACGAUUUCAAAGAGCUAUCAACCAAGCAAGAGGCUCUGGGCUCUCGUUUCGGCUUGUUCAGCUCGAAUUUCCAUGCCAAGAAGUGGGACUACCUGAAGGAUACGAGAACCUUGACAUCCUGCCCUCCAGAGACCUGCUGAGAAAGUUCUACAAAGCUCUCAGUAUGCUCCAACAGCCACUAGAAAAACACCUCGAGAAAGAAACUCCCCCUCCAACUUGCAUAAUAUCUGACAAGUGCCUCUCUUGGACAUCCAUCACUGCUCAAAACUUCAACAUUCCAAGGCUUGUUUUUCACGGGAUGGGCUGCUUCUCACUUUUGAGCUCCCAUAAUAUUAAGCUUUACAAUGCUCACAAUUCUGUCAGUUCUGACUCGGAACCCUUUGUGAUCCCUGGAAUUCCCCAUAGAAUUGAGAUAACAAAAGCCCAGCUGCCGGGAGCUUUUGUUGCCCUGCCUGACUUGGAUGAUUUCCGAAACAAGAUGCAAGAGGCUGAAUCAACCGCCUAUGGGGUUGUGGUGAAUAGUUUCCAUGAAUUGGAGCGUGAGUACAUUGAGGAGUACGAGAAGGCUCUUAAGAAGAAGGUGUGGUGCGUUGGGCCAGUUUCUUUACGUAACAAGGAGAAUUCGGACAUGUUUGAGAGAGGUAACAAAGCCUCAAUUGAUGAGCAACUUUGCAUGAGAUGGCUUAACUCGAAGAAACCAGGAUCAGUCAUUUAUGCUUGUCUAGGUAGCCUGUGCCGCCUGGUUCCCGCACAAUUAAUAGAGCUUGGGCUCGGCCUAGAAGCAUCAAAUCAGCCAUUUAUUUGGGUGAUCAAAACAGGAGAAAGGCAUUUGGAGCUGGAGGAGUGGUUGGUGAAGGAAAGAUUUGAGGAAAGGAUCAAAGGGAGGGGGCUGUUGAUCAAGGGAUGGGCUCCACAGAUGCUUAUUCUAUCCCAUCCAGCAGUCGGAGGAUUCAUAACCCACUGUGGAUGGAACUCGACGCUAGAAAGUGUGUGCUCCGGUGUGCCGAUGAUAACAUGGCCUCUCUUUGCCGAGCAGUUCUUCAACGAAAAACUAGUCGUAGAAGUUUUGAGGAUUGGGAUUAAGGUAGGCGUUGAGAUUCCUGUCAGAUGGGGGGAUGAAGAGAAAGUUGGGGUGUUGGUGAAGAAAGAUUGGGUUGAGAAGGCAAUAACCAUGCUCAUGGAUGGGGGAGAAGAAGGUGAGAAAAGAAGAAAGAAAGCAAGAGAGCUUGGAGAGAUGGGAAAGAGGGCACUGGAGAAAGGUGGAUCUUCUCAAUUAAACAUGUCAUUCUUGAUCGAAGACAUAACAAAACAAUCCACCCAAGGCAAGGCGUAAGAAUAGAGAAGAGAAUCUUUUGAAUAAUUAAAAAAUAAAAAUUAACUAUGUUAUAUAUUUUAUUGAUCAAUUAUUGAGUGGAGAGAUUCAAGGAGAUUAAUUUCUUGAUUUUCUCCAUUAAUUAAAAUAAAUUUCAUGUAUUAUAUGUUAUUUUGUAUUAGUAGCACUGCACCUUACACAUAGCGGUGCUCUAAUAUAGAAAAUAAAUAAAACGAAAUAAAGAGAGAUAAUAUCAAUAAAUAAAAUAUGUUAUUUCAGCA